CGGGCCGAGGGGCCGUCGCCGGGGAUGCGGCUGAACGAGGAUGUGGCGCUGCGGGGUCAGCGGGCGGUGCUCGUCCCCUACAGCGCCGGGCACGUCCCCAGGUAUCACCAGUGGAUGAAGUCAGAAGAGUUACUGAAACUCACAGCUUCAGAGCCUCUUACCCUGGAACAGGAGUAUCAGAUGCAGAGGAGCUGGCGGGAUGAUGAUGAUAAAUGUACCUUCAUAGUGUUGGACAAGGUGAGAUGGACAAGUGGUUUAUACACAGAAGAGGAGUGCAUGGUGGGAGACGUGAAUCUGUUCCUUACGGAUCCUGAAGACCCCACAAUGGCAGAAAUUGAAAUCAUGAUUGCAGAGCCUAGUUUCAGAGGAAAGGGGUUUGGCAAAGAAGUGACACUGAUGAUGAUGUAUUAUGGAGUGACUAAACUGGGGAUAACAAAAUUCCAAGCCAAAAUCAACCUGGAAAAUAUAAUCAGCAUUGCCAUGUUUCGAAACAUGCAUUUCAAAGAGGUUUCAGUCAGUGACGUCUUCCAGGAAGUGACGCUCUGGUUGAUAGUGGAUGACUGCAGGAAAAAGUGGCUCCUCGAACAAAUGAAUCGGGUGAAGGAGGAGAGGUAUAGUGAAACGAAACAGCGGCUGGAGGGAGUGCAAGGGAAAGUCCAAUAGACUUUUGAGUAACGAGGACUGGAGAUCUACAAUGAGGACUGAUUACAAAAAAAAGCCCAUUGAUGUCUGUUCAAGAGCAUAUUCUUCCUGAACCAGAAGGAUUUCAUGUUAAAAUGCGGUUGGAGGAAAUGCAGUGGUGCAGCAUAAGGUUUAUGUGCCCGGUAUUAAAAUGUCUUUAUCCCAAGGCCCUACACACUACCCUAGAUGAGGAAAGUCAAACAAUGUAAAGAGCAUUCUUUACUGCAGUAACUACCACCAACCCCUUCCCCCGACUUAAUGUGCACAAGUUACCGGAGCAUCAAAAUACAUGGCUAGGGAAGUGGCAGCUUUGACAUCCAGACCGCAGAAGGUUGCAAGAGCAGUGAGAGGAAGAUUCACAAGGUUUCCACCUCCCCUCAUCUCUCUGCCUGUUCAUUCCCCGGUGGAAUCCUGAUGUAAUUAUCACAAUGAUAUACAGAUGACCUGCUGGUUGAGGCAUCAGAAGACAGCCAGUGCCUGCGACUCUAUGGGCAAAUCAGCACCUCCAUCCCAGAAUAGCCGGGUAAUGUAUCGUCUUGGUCGACUUUUUACUGCUUCUGCAUCAAGCCCCACCGCUUCCACCUGUGUUGUUUGUGAAGGUUUUAGCAGUCAGUGUGAGGAUGCUGCCUGUGGAAUCCAUGAGCUCCUACAGUGAGCAUGCAGUGGUGGGCACUGUUUGCAAUGCUGGUUGUUUAAUGGAUGUAAAUCCACCUCUUUUCUCCCCUUCUCCCCCUCUACCCCCCCCCCACCCCGCUUCCCCAUUUUGUGUUGGAUUUAUAUUCCUGUAUAAUAAAUAGAUCUAUUUUCUAA